GCGCGAUUCGACUCCAGCCGCGAAGAGUGCACGAAUUGCCUCGAAGGGACACGUACAGGCAUAUUAGAAGACAUCCACACCUGGGCGACUAAUCGACAUUCCAGCGUCUUCUGGCUGAACGGCCAACCUGGCUCAGGCAAGACGACGAUCGCACGAACUGUCGCUUCGCGAUGUCACGCAGAAGGCAUCCUAAGCGCGAGCUUCUUCUGCUCUCGGGACCGAGUCUCGGAGAUACUGAAGAAAGAUCCCCUUCUGGCGCACUCUGCCGUCACUCGUCAGUUCGAGGAGCUGAUAAUCCAGCCGCUGGCACACCUCCGUGACCUACACAACGACGGCUCACCCAUUCCGCCAUGCGUUGUGGUGAUCGACGCACUGGACGAGUGUCGAGACCCGAAGGCCACGUCUGCGAUUCUGUCCAGUCUGCUCAAGCACGCAGAUAAACUCUCCCCCCUCCGAUUCUUUGUCACCAGCCGUCCCGAGAGGCACAUCGUCGCUACCUUCAACUUCCCUGGCUAUCGCAAUGCGUUCGGCCAGCUACCCCUACAUGAGGUCGAACUGGAGGUCGUCACCCCCGACAUCAACCACUACAUCACUGUUUCGUUUUCGAAGAUCGCCGAGUCCUUACGAGUACCAAAGUCAUGGCCCAACAGGCUACACGUUGAGGAGCUGGGUCUGAGGUCUAACGGCCUAUUCAUCUUCGCCGCGACUGCAGUCAAGUAUGUUGGAGACACGGUGUAUGGUGAUCCCGUUGGACGGCUCGAGAGACUCAUGUCCGCCACGGCAGAAGCUGGCCCCCAUCAGUUACUCGAUGGACUGUACCUGGAGGUUCUCAAGACUGCCUUCCCUUCCAUGCCGGACGACCUGCCAACACGGGUGAAGUCCAUCCUAGGUUCCAUCGUCGUUGCCCAAGACUCCCUUCCUGUCUCCGGCCUCUCACGUCUGGUUGGUCUCUCCGUUGACACGGUGUACAACACCCUCAGUGGUCUCCACUCUGUCCUUAUCGUACCGGAGUCUGAGACGUCUACGUCAGCCAUCCGGAUAAUUCACCCGACCUUCGCCGAAUUCCUGAUCAACUCAAGUCGCUGCACGAACCAAUCAUUCGCUGUCAAUUCGCAGCAGCAGCACACAGAACUACUUCGCGGAAGCCUUAAAGCCCUGCAGGAGCUGAGGCGGGACAUCUGCAAUAUUCGGGACCCCUCUCUGCUCAACACCGAGGUUCCGAACCUGCUCGAUCGUAGGGAGGAGGCAAUCCCGGCGCAUGUGAUGUACGCCUGUCGGCACUGGUGCACCCAUCUCGUGAACGGAGGGCUUUCGUCUGUCGAGAUUUUCGAGCCACUUGUGGAGCUUGUGGAGAACCGGUUGCUGUACUGGGUCGAGGCUUGUAGCGUGCUGGGAGUGCUGAGGGAGGCUAUCUUGGGUCUGAGUGAGUCCCGACGCAAGCUCAGGGUGAGUGCAAUUUACUCUCUGCAGUGCCUCUUGUGUCUAAGAUUUUGA